UCCUGUACUCAAGUGGACAGAAUGUUAUAAUCACGGACGUUCGUAACUAAAUUGUCCAGUAUUCCACGCGUACGCACAAUACGUUCACACAACCGGUCAAGUUGUUUUUUUUCGAUAGAUCGUUGUUGCUCGUGGUUUUUGAAUUCUCUCAACAAUGUUGUGCACUCAUCAUAUUGGAUUAUUCAUAAUUAUUAUAGCUACACAAGCUACACACCUGUGGGCUUUCUUGAGAACAGUCCAGAUAUAUAAUCACAAUUCAACAGUAGAACAUAUCUUGAGAAAAAAUAUUUUUAAGAACUAUGACAAGAUAGUGAAACCUUACGCCCCCCAGGAUAAAAACUCCUUAGAAGUGAGCAUGAAAAUGUUGGUAAAAAGUGCAGAGUUGAAUUAUGAAAAAUCUCAAAUGAUACUCAGCACAUGGUUCAUAGCGAACUGGAUCGACGAUAGGUUGACUUGGAAUCCGAGCGAAUAUGAACACCUGAAUUCUAUAAUAGUCGACCACCGUGAGAUCUGGCACCCGGACAUCAUGGCGUUCAACAACGUCGACGCCAACAUGGAAGACGAUCGGACACACGUCAACAGCGUGUUGAACAGAAGCGGUGGGGUGAUAUGGGUUGAACCGGUGCAGUACAUUAUACAUUGCAAGACGGACACAACAAACUGGCCUCACGACACGCAGACCGGAGUCUUGAAACUCGGGUCGUGGUUGUACUUGGGCAGAGACCUGAACCUGACCAUCGACGAAGGAGAAGAAGUAGAAAUGGCUAGCUCACACUCGGAAUGGGACAUCACUAACGUUUCCAAGGAGAGAAACAUCAGGUACUAUGACUGCUGUCCCGACGAACAAUAUAUCGACAUCGAAUACAAUAUCACCAUCAGGCGGAAGGUGCAUUCCUAUAAGUCAGUCCUCUAUAUCCCAGCUCUAUGCAGUAUUUCGUUCAAUUUACUAACAUUUUGGCUCUCGUACUCCGACAAUCAAAGUAAAUUGUUUGUGAACCUGUUCAAACGCACUGUUCGUCACUUUGGCCAUUAUGGUCGUGUACACAAAAGUACCGAUUGUCACUUCCACUGUUCCGGUUGA